UCCUUUGCAGGGCGGACUGAUCAUCCUCGCAAAGAAGGGACCAAGUUCUGGGUGAAAUGGCUCAGGGGAAUAAUUAUGGACAGACCAGCAACGGGGUGGCAGACGAAUCACCGAACAUGCUGGUAUACAGAAAGAUGGAAGAUGUCAUAGCACGCAUGCAAGAUGAAAAAAACGGAAUUCCCAUCCGCACUGUCAAAAGCUUCCUUUCCAAGAUACCUAGUGUCUUCUCUGGGUCAGACAUUGUUCAGUGGUUAAUAAAGAACUUAACUAUAGAAGAUCCAGUGGAGGCUCUCCAUUUGGGAACGCUAAUGGCUGCCCACGGCUACUUCUUCCCCAUCUCCGAUCACGUCCUCACACUCAAGGAUGACGGCACCUUCUAUCGCUUUCAAACACCCUAUUUUUGGCCAUCAAAUUGUUGGGAGCCAGAAAAUACAGACUAUGCUGUUUACCUCUGCAAGAGAACAAUGCAAAACAAGGCAAGGCUAGAACUAGCCGAUUAUGAAGCCGAGAGCCUUGCCAGGCUGCAGAGAGCAUUUGCCCGGAAGUGGGAGUUCAUUUUCAUGCAAGCAGAAGCACAAGCAAAGGUGGAUAAGAAGAGAGACAAAAUCGAAAGGAAGAUUCUCGACAGUCAAGAGAGAGCAUUCUGGGAUGUUCACAGGCCUGUGCCUGGAUGUGUAAAUACCACAGAGGUGGACAUUAAGAAGUCAUCCCGAAUGAGAAACCCACACAAAACGCGCAAGUCAGUCUAUGGUUUACAAAAUGACAUCCGAAGCCACAGUCCUACCCACACACCUACACCAGAAACCAAGCCUCCUACAGAAGACGAGCUGCACCAACAGAUAAAAUACUGGCAAAUACAGUUAGAUAGACAUCGAUUAAAAAUGUCAAAAGUUGCUGAUAGUCUACUAAGUUAUACGGAACAGUAUGUAGAGUAUGACCCCUUUCUUGUGCCACCUGACCCUUCCAACCCAUGGCUCUCAGAUGAUACUACUUUCUGGGAACUUGAAGCAAGCAAAGAACCGAGUCAACAGAGAGUAAAACGAUGGGGUUUUGGCAUGGAUGAGGCACUGAAAGACCCAGUUGGGAGAGAGCAGUUCCUUAAGUUUCUAGAAUCAGAAUUCAGCUCAGAGAACCUAAGGUUCUGGCUGGCAGUGGAGGACCUAAAGAAAAGGCCUAUCCGAGAAGUACCCUCUCGGGUGCAGGAAAUAUGGCAGGAAUUUCUGGCUCCUGGGGCCCCCAGUGCCAUUAAUUUGGAUUCCAAGAGCUAUGACAAGACCACACAGAGCGUGAAGGAACCAGGAAGAUACACGUUUGAAGAUGCUCAGGAGCACAUUUACAAACUGAUGAAGAGUGACUCCUAUCCCCGCUUUAUAAGAUCUAGUGCCUACCAGGAACUUCUACAGGCAAAGCGAAAGAGAUGCCAUGAAAGGCUGCUCCACGCCGUACUUAGCCCAAGAGCCUUUGUUUAAAGCAAGCUCCUGUCCUCAAAUCUGGGGAAAUCUCUCACAUCCAAGAGGUUAACAAGCCUUGUUCAGUCUUAUUAAAAGGAUCGUCUUGGUGACACGAAAGCUGAACGGAGCCAUCGCCCAUACCUUGUAGCCCAUUGCUGUUCCCUGGAGCCGAGGGCAUUAGACCGAGAUGUUGCAUGAACGAAGGACCUGGACUGUUCUCUCCUGUGUGCACACUAAGGCAUCGCCACCGCCAAGGGACCCUUCGCCACCCCUUCGCCUCCAUCUCCACCUGUCGUCUGCUUCCCUCGCCCCUCUUAUUAAGCUGGAUCUGUGUCUUUUUCCUUUUUAACCAGUUCAAGUGAAGUAAACUUUAUUUUUCCCCUCUCCUCUCCUUUUCUUAAGCUUCCGCUAGAUACACAGUUCACCAAAAAUUCAGUCAGUCACAAACUGGAAGAAUUGUAAAAGAAAAAAAAAGUAUAUAUCAAUAAGUAUACACAUGGCUUCACAUUUAUUAAAUAACAAAUUAGCACAGAAGGUGUCCUUCCACCCUUGUAUCCACAGUCUGAAACAAAUGCCCAUCUUCGUCUGUUCUCUGGACAUUGUCUGUUCAUGUUUCCUGCGUUUAUUUUUAUACCAUAUUUAAAUGAGAAAACACCUUUUACUCCAAAUGUAUCAAAGUUGACCUCUUCUCUGUAAAUUUGUGUAUGUUUAUAUUGUUGUUUUAUCUUUCAUUAAAAGAUGCAGAAUCUC